AUGGAGAUAUCAGAUCGUGUUGAUGCUCAGCACACGACACCAUCGAGAUGUGGGAACCUCCUGGCGUUUCUACAAGACGGGAAGCUGCGUGUCAAUCAUGUCGCUAGCACAGAGCGAUGCUUGAACGAAUACAACAUCAAAAUACCAUCGAAAGAGAUCAUCAACAUUACAUGGUCGGACGAUGGUACUCGUAUCGCAGUUUCUUCUUACAAGCAGAUCGGCAUAGCACACGUCGACGAAUCAAGCCAUCACGUACGGCUGGACAAUGGCGGCGGCGGACUCGGACGUUUUGCCUCUGCAGCAUUCCUUGACAAUGAGCAUCUACUUACGACCUGGGAAUUUGGUAGAGGCAGGAUCUGGCACUUAUCGAGCGGCAGAAGUACAGAGAUCGGAGACCUGAAGACCACCUCUUCUGGUCAAGCCUGGAGCCAGCGGCCAAGAUCGUCUUCAGCAGCUCCAGACAUGCUUGCAAUUCUUUCGAGAGUAUCAGCCGAAGAUGUGCUUACCAUACACUUCGUCGAAGACGGCAAGUCGACCUCGAGGGUCAGCCUACCAACGAUUGAUGCACAAAGUCUGUGUUGGUCUCCAGAUGGCAGGUGGCUGGCAGUCAUGGACACCCCAACGGCAGCCUCGACCAUCCACUUCUGUACACCGGACGGCCAUCUGUAUCGCUCGUAUCCAUCAAAGUCGCCUUCUGACCCCGACGGACUCGGCGUCAAGUUCUUGAAGUGGGCGGGCGACAGCAGAACCGUAGCUUUGGCCCAUUACGAAGGUGGCGUUGUACUACUUAACACACGUUCGUUCACACCCUUUGCUUCUGUAGAGCACAGCACGACUAUUGACCAAACUGGUCUCCCCCCAACGAAACAAGCCCCGAUCUGGCAGGAACAUGUCUCAGCUACGAGCGAGCGAACAUACAGUUUGGCCACACAACCAGUAUCGCCACCACUGUCACAUAGCAAGCCAAGUACAGAGCCAAAUGAGCUAGGCGUGGCAGAGCUAUGUUUCAGCUCGAAUGGCGAGUACUUGGCUACUCGAGAUGAACGAAUGCUAAGCACUGUCUGGGUCUGGAGUAAGCAAACACUUUCAGCUCAUGCUGUAAUCAUGCAGCAUGCCAAUGUGCGCAAGAUGCUGUGGCAUCCCUCUCGCCCGGAUCUCCUAAUGCUGGAUUGUGGUGAAAGUGUUGCCUAUCUGCUCGAAGUCGGUGCUUCUAGCCCACCGAUGCCAGUAACUGUGCCACUGCCUGGUACACCCAUCUUGGCAUGGCUGGAGACGGCCGUAGAUGCUCCGCCAGCCAUCUUAGCACUCACAAAGUCAAGCUUUCGUGUAAUAUUCCCAGAAGGACGACCAGCUCAAGCACGUCCCACGACCGACGGACGGCCAUCAGUUCCUGGUGCAGACAUCUACGAAGAAGGCACGAGCGAGGACUCGAUCAUGGACGUCUUGUCCGGUCGCAAACCUCAUACUCGGGCAAGCGAACAGUCGUACACCGAGCGCAUAGACAUGGAGGCAGAUGGCGAGGACGCCACGAUGGGCUUGGACGACACAUUCAGAGCGAAGCGGCGACCUUUGGAGAACGCUGUCGAGGUGGAUCCCUUAGAUGAUAGCGAGAUCUUUUGA